GAGAGAGAGAGAGAGACAUCGCCGGUGAGAAUAAGACACGAUGGCGUUACCGGCGGUAUUAUCCUCCGCCUCUCCGGCGACCACCACCGGCCACCGCCACCCUUCUCCUCUCCUCCUUCCCUGCCGCCGCCCCUCCUUCAAAACCCUCGCACUCCCACCACUCCCCGCCACCGUCGCCGACCUCUCGCUCGACUCCCCUGCCACAGCCCUCGCCGUCCUCGGCGGAGGUUCCAUCGCCGCCCUUGCCACCGCCCUCUCCCUCUCCGACCCAGAACGCCGCCGCCGGCAGCAAGCCACUGAGGUUGGCGGCGACGACAAGGCCGUCGUCCGCGAGUACUUCAACACUACUGGCUUCGAUCGCUGGCGCAAGAUCUACUCCGACGCCACCGAGGGCGUCAACAAGGUCCAGCUCGACAUCCGCCUCGGCCACUCCAAGACCGUCGAGAAAACCAUCGAAAUGCUUAAGGACGACAGUCCCCUCGCCGGCGUUUCGAUUUGCGAUGCCGGUUGUGGCACGGGAAGCCUCUCGAUACCUCUGGCGCGUGAGGGCGCUGUUGUCACGGCCACCGAUAUAUCCGCCGCCAUGGUGGACGAGGCCCGCCGCCGAGCAUCGGAGGAGCUUGGUGAGGCCCAAAUGCCGGUAUUCGAUGUUAGCGAUCUGGAGGGUUUGAAGGGGAAAUGGGACACAGUGGUGUGCCUGGAUGUGCUUAUCCACUAUCCUCAGGAGAAGGCGGAUGGGAUGAUCGAACAUUUGGCGUCGCUGGCGGAGCGGCGCCUGGUGCUCAGCUUUGCCCCCAAGACCUUCUACUAUGAUUUGCUGAAGAGGAUUGGGGAGCUGUUCCCCGGGCCAUCAAAGGCGACAAGAGCCUAUUUGCAUGCUGAGAGGGAUGUUGAGAGGGCUUUGCGGAGGGUUGGAUGGAAGAUCAACAAGAAGGGGCUCAUCAACACUCAAUUCUACUUCGCUAACUUGAUUGAAGCCGUCCCUGUUUCAUCCACAGCAUGAGUGGUAUGCGCACUGUUUUUCUUUGAGCCAUUGUUUGACAAUGCUUUUAGUACUUUUUGUUCUGUAACUAGUCUUGUUGUUGUAGUACAUAGUUUAUUUCGUUCAAGAGUAAUGUUUAUUAUGCUGAAACUCUAAGUAUGAUUUACUGUAGUAGAUGAUACAAUGAGUUGCUUCAGAGAGAAAUUUCAGUGUAGAAUAGUGUCUGAAUUUUGCAAAUGUGUUGUUGUUGUUGUUGUUGUGGUACAUAGUUGAUUUCGUUCAUAAGGAAUUCGUAUGCUGAAACUCCAAGUAUGAUUCACUGUAUUAGAUGAUGCAAUGAGUUGUUUCAGAGAGAAAUUUCAGUA